ACCCACGCCACCUACCCACCCUCACACUUUGUCCAGAGCUACCCCAGAACCCCAGAAAUGUCAAGUCUGGGGUCAGACACUAACCUACUUAAUCACUUCCUUGGGGAACCCCGCCCUUGGGAACUGCAAUAUGCAACAGCCAUGGAAGUAGAAAAACCCCGGCCUUGCUCGCCUCGUUCCAUGUCCUCACAGGACUCCGGGUGGAUUUGUGACACUCAAUGAUUCUGCUCCAUCUCACCCAGACACCACCCAAGCCGUCAAAAUGGGAGACCCAACAGCCGGUCAGACGAAACCAUCAGUCGCGGUCAAACUGACUCUUGAAGCAUGGUCACAGGGCUUCAUGGUCGGUGCCUUGAUAAUCAUGUGUGGAAUUACCCUUGCAAAUAUGCGGCGAGGAGUCCUACUCCACAAGCUUAUCUUGCUUGAGCUUGUCCUCGCGCUCCCGAAUGGCUUCUUCAUCUUUUUCGACCCUCCAGCCUGGGGCUGGUUUCUCUCGUCCACCGUCAUCCCGCUCGUCACGUCCUGGUCACUCCACAAUGUCAUCGCGUGGAUGAAGAGCAGGCCAUUUCUGGGGCGCAGAGGCAACCUCAUCUAUAUUGGCAGUGUCGCCCUCGUUCAGCCGUAUUGGGUCCUCGAGAUCUAUGCGAACUUUGCCUACUUCAACGGCAAAGACAACCAUCUCUUUGCUGCGACACGACCGUACGAAGCCGUUUUCAGGGAUCCAUGGUGGAUAUUUACCAUUGUCAAUCUCUUCUGGAACAUCAUGUUCCGCUACGAGCUUGGCUUCAUCGAGAUUGUCCGAGUGUGUCCCCGUUUCGGCAUCCUGUUUCUUUGCAUGGCUUUAAGCUUUAUCAGCAUCGUCGUCGACCUCUUGUCCGUAACCCCGGUCAUCCCAAUAGGCGUCAUCAACCCGUUCUGGAAAUUUGCUUUCGUCUUCAAAUGCUUUACCGAUAGCAUUAUCCUCGACGACUUCAAGUCGGCCUUGGACAAACUCAGUCACCAUCGAAGAUCUCAGAUCCUUCCCUUCGAUGUUCUGGGCGACACAGAUUCGGAACGGGGCGGUAUUCCUCAGAGAGAACACAAGUGGCCGUGGCAAUAUGACGGAAAGGCUGAUGGAAAGCCAGCCAUGAUGGACGCGAAUUCCAGGAAAUCAGCUAUCGAGUUGGAGGAUGGUGGUAUUUGUUCUCCGUCUCCAGCUGUCAUCCAUGUAGAAAAUAUAGCGCGCACAUGAGCGUGGGGAUUAUCUC